AACCCACCUGCACGUGGGCCUGGGGGAGAGGUGGGGAAGCUAAAAUAGAGGGACUGGGAGGGUCUGCCCACAGUGCCCUUCCCAGUUCCCAGAGGACGACUUCCAUGCUGGGAGCAAGUUUGCUCUAUGUUGGACUCUAAGGUUUUUACAUUCAACAAUUCUGAGUUUUUCAGACAAGGCACAUAGGGGCUAAUUGUCCAAGGUCACUCACAUAGUACAUGGGGAAACUGGGAUUUGAAUCAAGGCAGUCUGGCCAUGGCUGAGGCGCAGAGAGGGGUGGUGAAUGGCCCAGGGUAACACAGUCACAACCCCAGAGCUAGGAGCUGCUGGCUCCCUUCUGGCACUUGACUCCUAGCCAACUGGGGGGCGGAGCAGAGGUGGAGCUAGGGAGACCCAGGUGGCCUCUCUGAAAACCAGACUACAGGCGGCAGAGUGGCCUGGAGCAGCAUGAAGCAGAGCUGGGGACCAGAGCUGCUCAUCCUGGGAGCAGUGGUUCUCCUGGAGGGUCUUCAAGCAGCUCAGCACGUAUGUGGGCAGCGUGGCCCUGGCCCCCCUGAGCCUCAGGAGGGCAUCACAGCACCUGGUGAGUGGCCCUGGCAAGCCAGUGUGAGGAGGCGGGGGGUCCACAUCUGCAGCGGAUCCCUGGUGGCAGAUACCUGGGUCCUCACUGCUGCCCACUGCUUUGAAAAGGCAGCAGUGACAGAACUGAACUCCUGGUCAGUUGUCCUGGGUUCUCUGCAACGUGAGGGGCUGAGCCCAGGGGCUGAGGAGGUGGGGGUGACCACCCUGCAGCUGCCGAGGGCCUAUAACCACUACAGCCAAGGCUCAGACCUGGCCCUGCUCCGACUCGCCCACCCCAUGGCCCGCACACCCCUCUGCUUGCCUCAGUCUACCCAUCGCUUUCCUUUUGGGACCUCCUGCUGGGCUACUGGCUGGGAUCAGGACACCAAUGAUGCUCCCAGGACCCUACGGAAUCUGCGCCUGCGUCUAAUCAGCCGUCCCACGUGUAACUGUCUCUACAACCGGCUGCACCAGCGGCUGCUGGCCAGCCCAGCUCGGCCUGGGAUGCUGUGUGGGGGCGCCCAGCCUGGGGUGCAGGGGCCCUGUCAGGGAGAUUCUGGGGGCCCCGUGCUGUGCCGUGAGCCUGAUGGACAUUGGGUUCAGGCUGGGAUCAUCAGCUUUGCAUCAAGCUGUGCCCAAGAAGACACUCCUGUGUUGCUGACCAACAUGGCUGCUCACAGCUCCUGGCUGCAGGCUCGAGCUCAGGGGGCAGCCUUCCUGUCCCAGAACCCAGAGACCCCAGAGAUCAGUGAUGAGGACAGCUGUGUAGCCUGUGGAUCCUUGAGGAGAGGAGGUCCCCAGGCAGGAGCCCCCUCCCCAUGGCCCUGGGAUGCCAGGCUGAAGCACCAGGGGAAGCUGGCCUGUGGUGGAGCCCUGGUGUCAGAGGAGGUAGUGCUGACUGCUGCCCACUGCUUCAUUGGGCGCCAGACCCCAGAGGAAUGGAGCAUAGGGCUGGGGACCGGACCAGAGGAACGGGGCCUGAAGCAGCUCAUCCUACAUGGGGCUUAUACCCACCCAGAGGGGGGCUACGAUGUGGCACUCCUGCUGCUGGCCCAACCUGUGACACUGGGCCCCAGCCUUCGGCCCCUCUGCCUGCCAUAUGCCGACCACCACCUGCCUGAUGGGGAACAUGGCUGGGUCCUGGGGCUGCCCCGCCAAGAAGCAGGUGCCAGCUCCCCUCAGACAGUGCCUGUGACCCUCUUGGGACCCAGGGCCUGCAGCCGGCUGCAUACAGCUCUUGGGAGCGACAGUGUCCCCAUUCUGCCAGGAAUGGUGUGUACCAGUGUUGUGGGUGAGCCGCCCCACUGUGAGGGCCUGUCCGGGGCACCACUGGUGCACGAGGUGAGGGGCACAUGGUUCCUGGCUGGGCUACACAGCUUUGGAGAUGCCUGCCAAGGCCCUGCAAGGCCUGCAGUCUUCGCGGCACUUCCCGCCUAUGAGAACUGGGUCAGCAGUUUGGACUGGCAGGUCUAUUUUGCUGAGGAGCCAGAGCCCGAGGCAGAGACUGGAAGCUGCUUGGCUAACAUGAGCAAACCAGCUGGCUGUUGACAGGUGGCUCUGGGAUGCUGCAGACGCAGUGAGACAAUUCCUGCAUCACUGCCCCUGUACCUCCCCCAUUCCCUCCACCCACGCAUGAUUCCAGGCACUGGGGCAGGCCCAGCAGCCCCGUGGGCUCUGGGAAGGAGCACGCCUGGACCGGCAACUGCCCUUACUCCCCACCCUGCAGGCCAGGGAGAUGUCGCCUGUGGAUGCUUCCCUACGCCCAGCUCCGCCGUCCGACGCAGGCGUCCCCAGCCUUCCCUAGUCUUCCUCCCCUCAGAUAUGAUCACACCAGCCGCUUACUUUGAAAUUUGCUUUUUUUGGGGGGGAGCAAUUUUCCUUUUUUUUAAACUUAAAUAAAUUGUUACAAAAUAGA